AUGAGUUCCGAAGGCAUUAACAAGCUUCCAGUCGAGCUAGUCAUGGCAUGUGCAAAAUGUAUGGAUAUAUUCACACUGAUCCGAUUGUCUGCAACAUGCAAAGGCAUGUACCACAUCUUGAGAGAAGAAAAACGGAAGUUGAUAAAAGAAUACGCCUAUCUGCCCCCGAAAAAUCCGGAAGCUGUAUAUGGCAGUCGUACUAAUAGCCUCCGAGCGUUUUUAGCAGCUGGAGCAGACCCGAAUGGCUUCAACGAGAACACAAGGCUUCUGAGCAUUGCUGCGAGAUACGGUAAUAUAGACACUGUCGUCUUGCUCAUGGAGUUUGGUGCAGAGUUCUACUUAUACGAUAACCGCAUCCCCGGGUAUGAGUGGCAGUAUACGCCACUUCUUCAUGCUCUAUGGGCAAAGGUCGACAGACGUGUACCCUGUGGCAAUCACGGCUCGACCAGAGAGACUUGUUCUUGUGAGAAUCGGCUGUUUGCCCUGAUGCGGGCAGGGUUGAAAGUCACCACCUAUAGAGAGUUCAGACUCAUACUAAGCUUCGACGACCAUUUGAAGGUGCUAAAAUACGCGGUCGAGCACGGGAGUAACUUUGCCAUACUCAAGCCCCGUCUUUCCUAUUACUCAACAGCACUGCACAUUAUGGUCGAGGCCUUUAUGCGCUAUGCUUCAAGCUUUUACAGGGAAGAGAAUAUCAAAACUAUCAAGUGGUUCGCACUUCAGUACCCCAAUAUGUUGUUUGUUAGGGACGAGCGCAACAGAACUCUCCUAGACGUGUGUCUAAGGCGCAGAAGAAUGCCUAAUCUGAUCAGGUUCUUGGUGAAGCAUGACGUUCAGACUGGCUGGGCCAUGUAUGAAGAAGUGGGAGCGGCAUGCAUUUUAUGUCCUGAGGUCGUCCCCUUGAUUAACAAGACAACUUAUCUGGCUUCCCGACAGGCAGAGGGGAUUGAUAGAUUGCUUCCUCAUGACUUGAUCCCGUGGGAUUGA